UCAGAAAAGUUGAGUUAAAUGACAUGAGGAAAAAACGAAAAAGUGCUUUGGUUAGAACGAUAGUUCUUAUGACAAGUCGUAACACGAGCGAUAUCUUCAACACAUAGGACCAAACCAAAGGAAUCCCUCUCUUUUUUUCUCCCAAUUCACCACAAUCUUCAUCCAUGGUAGCAUUGGGUAAAGGAUUUUCCAUGCCUAACAACAUGGUUUUCAGAUCAGAGCUCCAACCUAUCACGCCGGAACGCUUCCUUGGCAUUGAUUCAUCCUCUUCUUCUCGUCGAAAGGACCUUGUUUUCAUCGUCAACCCUCAAGGUGCUAAUGGAAGGACGGGUAGAGAGUGGAGGAAGUUAGUUCCGUAUCUUAAGUCUCGCCUUGGUAAAGAAUGCAAUAUAUGUGAAUCCUUGACUUCUGGCCCUUGUCAUGCUAUUGACAUAACGCGAGAGGCUAUAAGGGAAGGGGCUGAUGCUGUCAUUGCUGUUGGAGGCGAUGGAACUCUUCAUGAGGUUGUUAAUGGGUUUUUCUGGGCUGGAAAGCCAGUUGCAAAUCAAACGAAUGAGUCUACGCGUUCAACUGCUCUUGGUCUUAUCCCUUUGGGGACUGGUUCUGAUUUUGCUAGAACAUUUGGAUGGAAAAAUGAUCCCUGUGAGGCUGUUGAACGCGUUGCUAGAGGGUUGAGAUCAAAGAUAGAUAUCGGAGUUAUUAGUGGAGAAAGUCGCGAACAUCAUUACUUCAUAAAUAUUGCCGACAUUCAUUUGACUGCAAAGGCAGGGUUUCAUGCUGCUAGGUACAAGGCAUUUGGAAAAGUGUGCUAUGUCAUUGGUGCAUUGCAAGCUUUUAUGGGACAUCAAAAUCAGGAUCUGAGAAUCAAGUUCAACGAAGGCGAGUGGGUUACAUUUCCUCAAGUGACAGCUAUUUGUGCCGGUAAUGCAAAAUACUUUGGCGGCGGCAUGAAAAUUGCACCGAAUGCCGAUCCUUUCACUGGAAAUUUAGAGGUUGUGAUUCUUCAGGACUUCAAGUGGUAUGAUUUUGUCCUCAAAUUACAUAAACUUUACAAUGGGACACAUCUCUCGGUUAAAAAUGUAUCUACAAGAAGUGUACUUUCUAUUGAGGUGGAGGACAUGUCGGGCAAAGGUGGCAUCUAUAUUCAAUCUGAUGGAGAGCAUUUAGGAUUCCUUCCAAAAAAGAUUUGUGUUCUGCCUGCUGCUAUUGAGAUGAUAUUUUGAUCCUUUUAGAGUAUAACAGAUUCCACAAAAAAGAGAUGACGCUGUUCAUGCCUUGUAAUUUGUUAGCUUUAAAUAGAAGAGGAUUUUUGUUUCAAUUGCUUAAGCAUCAGAGUAGGUUUCUAACAUCCUUUUUUUGUGUGGCCUUAGGGGCGAGAAGCCGAGAAAUCAUAAUUUUGAGUUGAAAAUGGGUUGGUGUUUACUUUACUUGAUUACUGUAAAAAAUUUCUACAUUUAUAGAAUGUAAAAAACUGUACAGAUUGGAAGUUUAAAAAUAGUUAUCUCCCGUCUCUCCAAA